AACAUGUUGGGCGCCGUUGUAUGCGCGUGCGCAGUGUAGCGCCACACUGCCCGCGCCACUGGUGAAUGCAAAGGAGAGAAAUACAACUGCGUGUCUGGAGUGGACAGGCGGAUGCGGCGGUAUCUGUACUCUAAAGGGAUUAUAGUGUAUAUUUUAUACCAGACCGGACAAAGAGUGACCGGAGAACAGAAAGGGUGCCUUGAUGUGGGCAGUAUGAGUAAGACGCCCCCUAACAGAAGAGGGAUUACAUUUGAGGUGGGAGCUCAGCUUGAGGCCAGAGACAGCCUCAAAAACUGGUAUGCUGCGAACAUAGAGAAGAUUGACUACGAGGAUGAAAAAGUACUAAUUCACUACCGCCAGUGGAGCCACCGCUACGACGAGUGGUUUGACUGGAGCAUACCUACGCUAUGUCCUAAAACAGAUGUCUCUGUCCUCCAGGGCUUUCACGUGAAUGACAAGGUCCUGGCCAGCUGGUCUGACUGCCGUUUCUACCCCGCUAAAGUAAUUUCAGUCAAUAAAGAUGCAUCCUACACUGUGAAGUUCUAUGAUGGCGUCAUCCAGACAGUGAAGGGAAUACAUGUGAAGCCUUUUAUUAAAGAGAGAGGUGGUGCUGGUGGAGGGAAAUCUAGGUCCAGUGAAAGGAACAUGGUCAGGAGGGUCCCGAACCGUAGAGACAGGAGGUCUCAGGAGAAUGGGAGUCCCAAAAACAAGCGUGCCAGACGCAGCACUUCCGGCCAAGAGGAGGACAGUAACAGUGAGGAUGAGGAACGGGAAGAAGGGAUGGUAAAUGGCAAGAACAGAAAAACAAAUGGGGACCCCACUAUCAAACAGGAAGAGGAAAUAUCAGAGCAAACAGACCAGAACAAGCCCAUGGAUGCAGAAAAGGGGGCAGGACUCGCAAAUGGAGUCAAGGUGGAGCUUGACAGCAAGCACAAUGAUGACAUGUGUCAUGUAAAUGGAGAGGUGAAGCAGGAAGAGGUGGAGACAGAACAGAGUGAAACAAAGCCAUAUACAGAGUCACCCAAGCCAUACACAGAGUUGCCCACUCAGACAUCAUCACAGUUGGAGCAGGUAGCUGUCACUAUGACAACCACAGGAUCCAGUGGAGAUGUAGAGCAGAAGCCAAACAUCCAGUCAGAAGGCUCUCAUCCUGCAGCGGACGUGCCACCUCCUCAGCCUGUGAAACCGGUAAGGAAGCAGGGUUUCCACAACCCUAACAGAUUCAGCAGGGAGCCAUUGUACCGAGUCAUCAAAAACCAACCACCUCCCGUCCUGUCCAUCAACCUCGACCACAACCCAUUUAAGUGCAGCGCUCCUGGCUGCACAAAGUCAUUUCGUAAGGCCAAGCUGCUGCACUACCAUAUGAAAUAUUACCAUGGCGAGGAACAGCCUCUGGAGGAGGACCGCAGCCCCAACAGGAACGUCCAGACCAGUACCUCUGAAAAACAGGUUCCUGCCACCAGUUUGGAUGGCCCGAAGAGGCGGCGCACCAUCUCUGCCUCUCUGCACUCUGUUGGAGCCGCUGUGGCUCAUCGUGGUGAGGUGAAGACUGCAGGGAGACGAACAUCAGCCCCACCUGCAGUCAACACUCAGAGCCAUCAGCAGAGGGCAUUGCUGAGGGAGAAGAGCAAGGAGAACCAGCUGGACAGGAAUGGAUGCCAGCAGCAGGACAAGGACUCAAACAAGUGUGUCUUUGACAUGGGGUCAGUAAGAGACAAAUUGAAAGAGAAACCGAGACAGAAGGACUUCCUUCGCAUUAAACUAAAGAAGAAGAAGAAGAAAAAGAAGGCCAAGUCUGACUACACAGGUAGUGAGGAGAAUAUUGACAUCUCUGUUUUGGGUCUUCAGUCCAAAUUGAAUUUUCCAUUCAAACCCCCCCCCUCACACAAUCACAAGCCUGAGGCCUACCCCAGCAGGCCUGGAUACAGCUACUCAGAGCAGAUACAUGUGGAUGAUGAGGACAGCAUCAGUGACUGGUCCACUGACAGCUGUGGGUGGAGUGAUGAUGACUUUGGGAUGGAUUUGGAUGUCACCACACCUCCCUUGAGCGUGGACUCUGGAGCUGUGGACACCAGUGACCAAGAGAUAGUGCGAUGUAUCUGUGAGGUGGAGGAAGAGAAUGACUUCAUGAUCCAGUGUGAAGAUUGUUUGUGCUGGCAGCAUGGCACGUGCAUGGGACUGCUAGAAGAAAAUGUUCCAGACAGAUACACCUGCUACAUCUGCAGAGACCCCCCAGGCCAGAGGCAAAGUCUUCGCUACUGGUACGAUCGUGAGUGGCUGAGCAAUGGUCACAUGUAUGGCCUCUCUUUCCUGGAAGAGAACUACUCUCACCAAAACGCCAAGAAGAUCACCACCACUCACCAGCUGCUGGGAGAUGUGCACCAUGUGGUAGAGAUCCUCAACGGGUUGCAGCUCAAGAUGAAUGUCUUACAGAGCAGCACUCCUCACCCUGACCUGCAGCUAUGGCGGCAGCCCUGGAAGCAUUUGGAGAGGUCUCGGAUUGGCUAUGACUCAUGUCGGAGCAGCAAUGCAGCUCCAUCUCCUAUGACUCCUGAUGAGGACAUGAGCCGUGGAGAGAUAUUAAUGUCCAAUGCACUGGAGAAGCUAAGUCGGGCUGCUACAGCUGCCACCUCCUCUUCAUCCUGCUCCUCCUCCCCCUUCCCAUCCUUCCAAGACUCGUACAUUACCAGUGAACACUGCUACCAAAAACCACGGGCAUAUUACCCAGCAGUGGAGCAGAAGCUGGUGGUGGAGACCUGCCAGGGCUCAGAGCUGGAGGACAGCAUGAGAAGCACUGAGGAACUGCUGGAGCGGGAGCAGCGCUACGGGAGCCUGACAGACAAACCCAAAUCAGUAGACAUCAGUAACAAGGCUUUGUUGGGUGGAUCGUGGUCCCAGACUGAGCUGAGGGAAGAGAUUGGGAGAGAUGCUGGAGAGGCAGCAGACAACAGACAGCAUUUACAGUGGCAGAUCAACCUGCUGGAUCACAUAGAUGUAGUCCAGGACGAGGUGUCACACAGGAUGGACUUCAUUGAGAGGGAGCUGGACGUGCUGGAGAGCUGGUUGGACUACACCGGAGAGCUGGAACCUCCUGAACCUUUGGCACGCCUGCCUCAGCUCAAGCACCGCAUGAAACGUCUGCUGACACAGCUGGGCAAGGUGCAGCAGAUUGCCCUCCACAGCUCCAUAUGAGGGCGCCAGAGAACAGCACUGGCCUCAGGCUCCACACAGCACACAGGGAACAGUGCAGCAAAGGGAGCUCACUGUCUCUGGCUGUAAAGAUGAUAACAAUGGAAGUGCAAGGCUCAGAUUGUUCACAUUCUCUCUGACCUGAUUUAUGCAGCUGUUUCUCCUUUUUAAAGGGUUCUGUGUGGUGCUGCAGCCAGCCAGUGUCAUAUAUGAACAGGAAUGGAACGUUGGCAGCAUGAAUCAGGAUUAAAAUACAAAACGUAACCUCAACUGCAGGAGAAAAUCCUUAGGACCAGAUCACACUUCAGUGGUUCCCAUGCAAUUCCAAACCCUCUGAAUGCCUUUUGUCUGAGCUACUGCUUAAGGUUGCCCUGUCUUUCUCAGUACACAGUGCUUUACACGCAGAAGCUUUAUAUUCAGAACUACAAUAGAGGUCUUGUACCUACAUGACCUCUUUGCAAUUGUUUGUUUUAAACAUGUUUUCAGAUGGUCACUGUUCCUUAACAAAUGCCCCAGCGUUGAGUUUUGAUCACCGGUCAUGCCGUAGUGCGUCAAAACUCUUGAUCUAAGUUUGGGAAGGACAUCCAGUAAGUGACUGCGCUGUACAUGCAGUCUCGACAAGUAAUUCUGUUUUUGACCUAAGGGUUUGUUUUAUGACACUGUGAAGUUCAUAUUGUCUGGAGAAGGUAACAAGUAUGACUUCCAUUUUGUCUUUAGUUGUACUGCUUUUCUCCCAAAAGUCAUUCGUGCAUCAGUUUUAUCUGUUAAUUCUUUGUGUGUCUGUCAGUUACCACAAACCUUGCUUAAAUUUCCUCUUUACUUUGUUGUUGCUGUAGCACUUGACCUGUGUCUCACCGAAAACUGUAACGUGGGCAUCUCUUCUUAACAUAGCAUCUUGUGCUUUGUCAAUGACAAAUACUAGAAGACCUGUCCUUUUGUUUGUUCUGUUUAUUUACAGUAUUUUUGUUUGUAAAUAUGUUAUUGAAACCAUUCUCCAAAUACAGAUAUUGUAUGCUACUGUAAGUGUCUGGCUUAGAAGCAGGGAAGAUGUCAGAACAAUGCAAACAGAUUUGCUGGUACAUAAAUAAACUGUCAUUGUUAUAAAUAACUAUGGACAUGUUAAUUUGCGGGCCUGUUUCAAGAAGACUGGUCUAAGGAGCUCCGAAGUUAAGCCUGAACUGUGAGAUGACUAACCCUGCUGAUCAGAAUCAGCUAAGUCAACUCUGGAGUGUGUUCACACUGGGUAUAUUUCAAGUCUCCUAUAAGCACCGUUGUUUCCCUCACUUGCCUCUUUUCCUUGCAUCAUGAGACACUUUUCCUCAGAGCCAAUAUAAGACUUGGAAGUUCCUGGGUCGUAGGAAUGAUCUUAUAAGAGACAUGAGUUGUGCCCUCUGAGCUGGUGUUGGUGGUGAAGGGGGGAAAUGUCAUCAGUGGAUGCCCAUACUACCACAGAUGUGAAAGUUUAAUGUGUGAUGAAUGCACAUUUAUUUUUAAAAACAGCAGAAGCAGUGAAAGAGCCUUAGCCAGAGAAAAGAGACCCUAAGUCCACGUGGUUACACCUUAUUCAGCCCAGCAGCAGACUUUAACUUCCCUAAUGGAUGAUAAUGGUAGUUAUGCUACAUUGCAUUUGAAAUAAAUUUGUUCAGCUGCUGGUGCCAGCAGAAAAUGAAAUCAAACAGAUAAGA